AUGUCCAACAAAUCCCUCCACCCCACCCUCCACCCCGAGAACGUCUCAUCGUACUCUUCACUUGUAUCCGCACUGGAAGACCACCGUGUUCGGGGGUCAUUCGUUGAAGACACCUUCCGCGUUCCGCGCACUUCCAGCGGGAGUCUGCUAAGACCGCUGCCAGCAUGGGCUGGUCAAAUUACCAUCACGUUUGACACCGUGCAGGGCCUCUUUGGUGGACGAGGACUCCCGCUCGCGUUCCUACAGAGCGGGAUGGCACCUGGCGGUAUUCUUCGGCAUGCCUCUGACCAUGUCUUCGCGAAUCGAUCCCCAGGCAGCGUGUUCAACAUACGGCUGAGUUGGCCAGGCUACUCGCAAGUUGAGUGCGUGACUGGAGUACCGAUCCCCUCGCCAGCGACGCGAGUCGACGUCGCGGUGGCCGUGAUUGGUCAGUACAGUCAACUCAUUGCGAGAGCCGAGCUCGAAGGUCCCAGAGAGAAGGGACGCGAGGGUUGGAAGCUGGGCAGGGGUGCUAUCACCAUCGAGAACCUCAUCCUGGUCUCCGUGUCGAACGGCCAGGAUGGUGUUUUCGAGGCGGAGAUACACGUUGUGCUCACCCGCAACGAUCCGAUGGCCAUGUUGGCAGCAUUGAGGCGCUGA